AAUUAUGUCAUAUCAGUUUAAACAGACGUAUUCUAGUUUGGGAUUUAAUACUCUUUUCGUUUUUGAUUUUGUCAUAUAUUUACUUGUAGCCAGUAAAUGCUCCGCGACAUAACUAUUUGCCAAACAAAUGGGGAAGAACAUUCAAGAUAAAGAUAAUUUAUGUCACAGGAAAGCUAUUGAAAAUACAAAAAUGAAGCAUCUGUGUGAAGGACUAAUUACAUUGAAUUCAGCUUUUGUGAAGUCUCACAAAUUCUGGAACUGUUCCUGCAAAUGAUAUAUUGAAUCAAAAGAAUAUAGUAAACGAAAGCUUCAAGAUAUGAAAGAUGGCAAGUCCAGAUAGAAGUAAACGGAAGAUACUAAAAGCCAAAAAAACAAUGCCUGCAAGUUGCCGCAAGCAGAUAGAGAUCCUGAAUAAGUCAAAGAAUGUUGAAGCACUAAAAACAGCUGCAAUUGGGAAUAAUGUGUUAAAUGGUAAUCAGAAUUCAAGUACUGGUGUCAUAAGUAGCAAAUGUAAACAUUCUGAAAAUGAUGCUUCCUCAUUGGAUGCUAACAAAAAUUCAGUAUGCUCACAGAAAAGUAAAAUAUUUUCUCAGAAUUUAAUAAAACCACUAGAAAUUGUGGAUUCGGAAACAAGGUUGGACUACAUUGAAGAACAAGUUGUGUGCCCUUACCAAAAGCCAAGUACAACAAUAGAGUCUUCCAGGAAACUCUUUACACAGGAGGUAAAAGAUUCACAAAAUGCUUGUGAAAACCAUCUUGAAUGUCAGGCAAAUAUAACAAGAUCCUUUUUUGAACAACAUGAAGAGAAUUGUAAUCUGACAUCCAUUUGCCAUCCAUCCGGUGUAUUGAGUGGUAUAGUUCAAACAUCAAAGUUUACAGUGAUCAAUACCUUGGAUGAUAAGAGAAUCAACAAGAUCAUUUCCUAUUUAGAAACGAACUCCAAUUUUGAGUCAAAUGAUAAAAGGCAAAAUGACAUUUUAACUUCAGACACCUGUACUGUGCCUCUUGAUAAAAUACCUAAAGUGGUGAAUUCAGUCAUUUCCAGUAACUGUGCUGCUGACAUUUUGAAAAGUGAAGAAUCCUGUGGAACCUGUCAUUCCAGCAUUGAUUGUGAAAGUACAGGCUUAACGUGCUUGUCCUCACUUGAUACUGAUUGUGAUAACAGCCAUAAUGAAAAGAAGAGGAUGUUUUCAGAAAACAAAGAAAAUGUUAAGCGCAUGAAAACGUCAGAGCAAAUUAAUGAAAAUAUUUGUGUAGCUCUGGAAAAGCAAACAGCAUUGCUGGAACAGGUCAAACAUUUGAUUCGACAGGAGAUCUGUAGUAUAAAUUACAAACUAUUUGAUAACAAACUGAAAGAGUUGACUGAACGCAUUGGGAAGACACAGUGCAGGAAUAAACAUGAAGCAAUAGCUGAUGAACUCUUCGCAAAAAUAGCAAAACUUCAAAGACGUAUUAAAAGAGUAUUGUUAUCUCAAAGGAAUUGUUUGGAACCAAACGUGUUAUCCAGUAAUAUAGCCUGUAAGGUUGCAAAUUCAGAGACCAUGAAUUUGGAUAAGAAUCCAGUGUCAGUUAAUAGUCCAGAUGAAAGAAAAACUUCAGUGAACUCUGAACCUUCUAAUCCUUCAGAAAAAGCAAGUGAAAAGAUUAAUUUAUCACGGGAACAUGAUGAGGCGGUUUCUGAAAGUAACAAUGAUGAUGUUAUGUUGAUUUCUGUGGAAAGUCCUAAUUUGACAACUCCAAUUACAUCAAAUCCAACAGAUAGUGGAAAAAUUACAUCAGGAAAUUUUAACUGUUCACCUGAUACUGAAACUAAAGUUAUGGCUGUAGAGAAGAAGAAACUUGAUACUGUGAUUGAUCUGACGACAGAAGGCCUAUCAAACUGCACUGCAGGAAGUCCAGUAUCCACCCUGGAGUCACCUAUGAAAGCUGUUUCAAUCUCAAAAGAGAGAACUCCAGUGGCACAAAAUGCAGCCCAGGUUCUUGAGUCCUUUGAGCACCUGCCACCUCUUCCAGAACCACCACCACUCCUGCCUGAAUUGGUAGACAAAAUCCGGGAUACACUUCCUCCUCAGAAGCCUGAGCUCAAAGUGAAACGGGUGCUGAGACCCAGGGGCAUUGCCCUGACUUGGAACAUCACCAAAAUCAAUCCCAAGUGUGCUCCUGUGGAAAGCUACCACCUCUUCCUGUGCCAUGAGAACCCUAGUAAUAAGUUGAUUUGGAAGAAAAUUGGAGAAAUUAAAGCAUUACCACUCCCAAUGGCCUGUACUUUAUCUCAGUUUUUGGCUUCCAACAAAUAUUAUUUUACUGUCCAGUCAAAAGACAUUUUUGGGCGAUAUGGACCAUUUUGUGAUAUAAAGUCUAUCCCUGGGUUUUCUGAAAAUCUUACCUGAAAGAAAAAUCUUCAAUAAUUAUAUAUUGUACUACAUUUUGUUUUGUUUUUCCGUAUUUG